AGGUCUCGUCUCCAGUCCACACAAAACGAAAGUUAAACUCCAGUAUUCCCCUAAAUUGAAAGUUCUAGACCGCAGUCUCCAAAAUUUUAAAUUUCGUGGUUUAUCUUCGGUUUAUUGUGCCAAACCCGAUGCCAAACCAAAACCCAGAAUAAUAAACCGAUUUUGAACCCGAUUCGGGUUUUAAUUGGAAUAAUAACUCGAAUCGUGAUCCCGAAACCCAUGAAUCCAACUGCAUCCCAAAAUUCAAUCAAUUCAUUAGAUCCCGAAACCCAUGAAUCCAACUGCAUCCCAAAAUUCUUCAUCAUCAACGCCAUCAUCGGAACUUGACUCUCUUCUUCUUUCCUCCUUGUUCCAAAUCAAGUCCCCACGAAUCGGGUUACAUGUUCACAGAAGAACUCCGACAGAGUUCCUUUGCCCCAUCACCGGAUUCUUGAUGUCAGACCCAGUCGUUGUCGCUUCAGGUCAAACAUUUGAACGUAUCUCCGUCCAAGUUUGUCGGAAUCUUGGGUUUGCUCCGAAGCUUCACGACGGACCUCAACCUGAUUUAUCCACUGUAAUCCCAAAUCUCGCCAUGAAAUCAACAAUUCUCAGCUGGUGCGAUAGAAACAAAAUGGAACAUCCUCGUCCUCCUGAUUACGCUUACGUUGAAGGUGGUGUGGUUCGUACCCGUAUGAAUUCGAUUCCUCCGGGUACGGGUCAUCGGAUCGCUAAAUCGGAAAUCUUACCUCCGGUGGCUGAGAAUUCAAAUUCGAAUUCGGAUUCAGAUUAUGAAUCUGUAAUGGGAGCGAUUCGAUCUCGUUCAAGAACUUCAAUAUCGUCAACCACUUCUCUUCCACUUUACCAAACCCGACCCGUUAAUCACUCGACCCGGAUCCAAGACUCAUUCUCUACAUCGGAUUAUUCAUCUUUUCCUCCGAUGUCACCGGAAGAAGAAGAGAUCUACAACAAAUUAAGCAGCGUAGACACAAUCGAUCACGAGCAAGGUCUGAUUCAGCUAAGGAAGACGACGAGAUCAAACGAGGGCACGAGAAUCUCUCUUUGCACUGAUCGGAUUCUCUCGUUACUCCGAUCUCUGAUCGUUUCACGGUACAACAUCGUGCAAACAAACGCCGCCGCAUCGAUCGUUAAUCUCUCGUUAGAGAAACCUAACAAAUUGAAAAUCGUACGGUCAGGAUUCGUUCCUUUAUUGAUCGAUGUUUUGAAAUCGAGAUCAACGGAGGCGCAAGAACAUGUAAUCGGAGCUUUGUUUAGUUUAAUUGGAAUAAUAACUCGAAUCGGGUUCAAAAUCGGUUUAUUAUUCUGGGUUUUGGUUUGGCAUGGGGUUUGGCACAGUAAAUCGAAGAUAAACCACGAAAUUUGAAAUUUUGGAGACUGCGGUCUAGAACUUUCAAUUUAGGGGAAAACUGGAGUUUAACUUUCGUUUUGUGUGGACUAGAGACAAGA